CGCUGGUGUGGAAUGUGCAGUUGUCAUUGAAGAGCACAGAGGGCACAGAUUAGUGUACGAGUUUCUCAAGUACUCCAUCGCUGCAUUUAGCUUCUCUCUUCCACUGAAACACUCAUCGGUUCACCACUGAAUCUCAGGAACCAGUGCAGGAAUCAUGGAGAAUGUGGCAAUAUUUGACUCAUCUGGAAAGGGGAGAGGUCUGAAGGCUACCAAGGAGUUUUGGGCUGGAGACAUCAUUUUUUCUGAGCCCAGUAUUUCAGCUGUUGUGUUUGACAGUCUAUCAGAGCGUAUUUGCCACAGCUGUUUCCGCAGACAAGACAAGCUACAGAGGUGUGGACAGUGCAAAUUUGGUCAUUAUUGUGACCGAACUUGCCAGCGCGCUGGCUGGGCAGAACACAAGCAAGAGUGUGGGGCCAUCAAAGCUUAUGGCAAAGUACCGAACGAGAACAUCCGCUUGGUUGCCCGUAUCUUAUGGCGCCUUGACAAAGAGGGGAGCGUGAUGUCUGACACGCAGCUGAUCACCCUGGAGGAGCUGGAAGACCACAUUGAUGACAUGCAAGAGGAUGAGUUGAAGGAAUUAAAAGUGGACAUCCACAACUUCCUGGACUUCUGGCCCCGUACCAGCAAGCAGCACACGAUUGAUAACAUCUCACAUAUUUUUGGAGUGAUUAACUGUAAUGGUUUCACUGUGAGUGACCAGAAAGGCCUUCAGGCGGUGGGAGUUGGUCUUUUCGCUAAUUUGUGUCUCGUGAAUCAUGACUGCUGGCCAAACUGCACCGUGAUCCUCAACCACGGCAAUCAAUCGGCUGUGAAUACUAUGUUUCAUUCUCAACGGAGGAUUGAGCUGCGUUCUUUAGGUAAGAUCGAAGAGGGAGAGGAGCUGACGGUCUCAUACGUGGACUUCCUGAAUUUGUCAGAGGAGAGACGAAGGCUUCUGAAAACACAAUACUUCUUUGACUGCACAUGUGAGCACUGCAAGAACCACAUCAAAGAUGACUUGAAGUUGGGGGGAUUGGAAGUGGAUGGUGUCAAGCCUACAGAGGAACAAGUGAAAGAGGCAACAGAUUAUUGCUUUCAAAUGCUGGAGAAGAUGGACAAUGCUCGACUAAAUGGCAACUACCAUGAGGUGGUGAAAAUCUGCAAGGAUUGCAUAGAGAAGACAGAGCCGGUUUUGGCUGACACUCACAUCUACCAGCUGAGGAUGUGGAGCACAUUAAGUGAGGUGCAAGCUUACCUGCAGUUCUUUAAUGAGGCUGCAGAAUACGCCCGCAAAAUGGUGCAGGGAUACAUGAAACUGUACCACCCGAACAAUGCUGCUCUCGGUAUGGCUGCCAUGCGAGCAGGAGUGACUCACUGGCAAGCUGGGGAGAUCGAGAUUGGCCACGGGAUGAUCUGCAAGGCCUACGCCAUUCUCAUGGUCACCCACGGCCCAACACAUCCCAUCACCAAGGACCUGGAGGCGAUGCGUAUGCAGACAGAGAUGGAGCUGAGGAUGUUCAAGCAAAACGAGUAUGUUUACCACAGUAUGAGAGAGGCAGCUCUGAAGAACAAACCAAUGGCCAUGAUGCAUGAGCCCAAUUCUAUGGAGGAGGGAAUCAAGAAUCUCUUCCACCGAAAGAAGUAAAAAGAUCAAGAAAAACUACUUAUUGUUUACUGUUAACCUUUUUCUGAGUGUUGGUGUGUGAGUCAACACAUUUAGUCACAUAAUUUUCAUUUCACUUUUGUAGUUACACUUUUCAUUAAAUAUGUCAUGUCAGA